UGUAGUCUAUCUAAUCUAAUGAAAUCCUUUCUAUUUUAAUUUUAGAUUUCUCAUAUUGGCAAACUGAGAGAUUUUCUUCUGGAACACAGGAAAGAUUAUAUUAAUGCUUACAGCCAUAUCAUGUCUGAAUAUGGGAGGAUGACAGAUGCAGAACGUGACCAGAUAGACCAGGAUGCUCAGAUAUUCAUGCGGACCUGUUCAGAAGCAAUCCAGCAACUCAGAACAGAAGCCCACAAGGAGAUACAUUCCCAGCAAGUGAAGGAGCACAGGACUGCUGUUCUGGAUUUCAUUCAAGAUUACUUAAAAAGAGUGUGUAAACUUUACUCAGAACAGAGAGCCAUUCGAGUUAAACGAGUGGUGGAUAAGAAGAGAUUAUCUAAGCUGGAACCUGAGCCAAGUACAAAGACAAGAGAAUCCACAUUCUCUGAGAAAGUUUCACAGAAUCCUUCAAAAGACUCUGAAGAAACACUUGCCACUGAAGAGCAUCCAGAAAAGAUUUUGACCGAAGCACAACCUGAAUUAGGAACGUGGGGAGAUGGCAAAGGUGAAGAUGAAUUAUCCCCAGAAGAAAUACAAAUGUUUGAACAAGAAAAUCAGCGGUUAAUUGGGGAAAUGAACAACUUAUUUGAUGAAGUAAGGCAAAUCGAAGGGAGAGUGGUUGAAAUCUCCAGACUCCAAGAGAUAUUCACGGAAAAGGUUUUGCAACAGGAAGCCGAGAUUGAUAGCAUUCACCAGUUAGUGGUAGGAGCAACUGAAAACAUCAAGGAGGGCAAUGAGGACAUACGAGAGGCCAUUAAAAACAACGCUGGUUUCCGUGUGUGGAUCCUCUUCUUCCUGGUGAUGUGUUCCUUCUCCCUUCUCUUCCUGGACUGGUACGACAGCUAGCUGCCACAGGGUCUGCGGCCUUGGCCAAGGUAUGCAGGACGAGCAUCUGGAGGGGCACCUCUGACAUACCAAGCGUGUACUCAGGUGUCUGGCAUCGGAGGAGCUUUGAUUAGGUUUUAUCACAAAGUCAUUUGAGGGACCAGGGGGUUGAGACAGACAUGUACAUCACAAAAGGGGUACCCAGGCCAGUGGGCCUGUGCCUGUUCAGCAGCUGAAGAGCAGUGCACAACUUGGGAGUGGUAUGCCUACAGCCCUAAGGCACAAGUCAGCAUGAGCGAGAGGUCGUGGACUGCACCUCCGCUUGUGCUGCCCUGGCAGGGACAGCUCCCCCAUGAACUGCAGGCCACACUCCCCGUGUUGUCUCAGGGCUCAUCCCAGCAGCUGCAGGACAGAACUUGGCUAAGGAUGACUUUACAAAGGAUUGGUGCCUCAGUUCCUUGUAGCUUCUGGUUGCCCGAGUCAGCUGAGAGUCACAGUGUUGCAGAAGAGUUUCAUUUGCCUCAUAAACCUAUUAAAUACAGUUGUGGCCCUCGCUGCGUUGCCUCGCUGCAGUAGGAACACUGCAGUCCAGUGGUUGCCCACCUGCCUGGAUGGGCAAGCUCCGAGGUGCUCCAGGGCUGCCUGCCUGGCUCCAGCUGCCGCCCCCAACACUCUUAAUGGCAGGGCAGGAACUGGGGCCCCUAAGUCCUGGCUUCCUGCUUCAGGGUUCAAGUAUUAUGUGUUUAAAGGAAGAAGUGGGCCACAGAAGAGCAGGGCCUGAUACCCCAUGCCUGCACACCUGCCUGCAGGAAGAGUCUCCAGGAUCACCUGUUUGUAACUGAAAGCCUGCUCCAUGUGGACCAUGUCUGCAUACAGCGUCCAGUAUCCUGGCAUCCUGUGGGGAUGAGCCAGUUCACACCACUCCUCCUUACAAAACACGUGCAUGGACAGUCGUUGGGUGGCACAGGUACCCUUGAGUUCUUUAUUUGCACCAAGUGAAAUGUAGGAAAUUAUUGUAGUCAAUUUACAGUCAAUAAAGUACAUGUCUACUAGAAUA